AUGCCUGAAGGUCCAGAUGUCAGCUUGGAAUUUGGAACCAUUAAUGUCCUGGAUAAUAAGCAGCAAGUCCUGAGUCUGCAGAACAAAGGCUUAUAUGACAUUGAGUACAGUUUCAAGCUGACCACUGGAAGUGCCAAGAGGGGUGACUUGGAAUCUCCCUUCACUGUCCGGCCGCAGAGGGCUGUGCUGAAAGCCUCCCAGCCACCUGUGAAAGUUGAGGUCCUCUUCCACCCCACGACUGAAGUGUUUCUCGAGAGCAAACCCAUCCUGCUCUGCCAGGUCAUUGAUCUCAAAUCGGGUCAAGGAGGCGAGACCGUUGCCACCAUCCCAGUGAGGGUGUUGGCGAGAGCUGUGUACAGCAAGUACAGCAUCGAGCCUGCCUCGCCCAUUGACUUUGGUGCCAUGGUUAAGGGCACCAAGAAGAGACAGGUCUUAAUUGUGGAGAACAAAGGCGCCCUUAACUUCAAAUUCCUCAUCCGCCAAGCACCUCCACUGCAAAGUUCACAGCAAGAGGAAUCUGCCCCCUCAGUCAGGGAAAGAAAAUGCUCCACACAGGCUCAGCUCACUGCAGGCGUGUUCACGGUGUCCCCUUGCUCCGGCUCCGUCGGUCCUGGGAGCCAGCAGAAGAUCACAGUGGAUUGCAACACAGGAGCAGAGGGGAAAUGCGAGGAGCAGCUGUACAUUGACAUCAGCAACAGAGACCCCAAGGACAAUCCCCUCGGCAUUCCCUUUACCCUGACUGCCAAGUCCUGCUUCCCAGCGCUUGUUGAAGACGUCACGUCCAUCUUUGAGCAGUACCCGAUCCACAGCAACGUCAAUCUCCACCAGACGUUACAGUCGGUGCAAGGCCAACGGUGUGUUCAUCAGAGAUGAUAACAAAU